AUGGCGCCCACGACCGCCACGAGCGUGCCCUCGGCUAACAAGCCGUUCCUGAGGCGGAACAUGGCCUCAUCCACCUUCGACUCGGACUCAAGCGCCGUUGUCUCGCCGAUGGACUCACCCACGGACUCGCCCCGCCAGUCGCCCUCUUCCACCUCGCUGUCGUCGCUGGCUUCCGACGACGCCGCGGCCCCGACCAAGUACGGCAAGCUGAUCGACACAUACGGAAACGAGUUCCAGGUCCCCGACUUCACCAUCAAGGAGAUCCGCGAUGCCAUCCCCAAGCACUGCUACGAGCGCUCGGCCGUCCGCAGUCUUGCCUACGUGGCCCGCGACAUGGUGUACCUCGGCACCACUUUUUAUAUCUGGAACACAUACGUGACGCCCGAGUUCAUCCCAUCCCAGCCGCUGCGUGUGGUUCUGUGGGGCGUGUACACCUUCCUCCAGGGCCUCUUCGGCACCGGCCUCUGGGUCCUUGCCCACGAGUGCGGCCACGGAGCCUUCUCGCCGUCGCAGAAGCUCAAUAACAUUGUCGGCUGGGUCUUGCACUCGGCGCUCCUGGUGCCCUACUUCAGCUGGCAGCUCAGCCACAGCAAGCACCACAAGGCCACCGGAAACAUGGACCGCGACAUGGUGUUCGUCCCCCGCACUCGGGAGCAGCAAGCCAGCCGUAUCGGCCGCCUCGUCCACGAGAUCUCGGAGCUGACCGAGGAGACCCCCAUCUACACCUUCAUCCACCUGCUCGGCCAGCAGCUCAUCGGCUGGUGGAACUACCUCCUGACCAACGUGACUGGCCACAACAACCACGAGAGGCAGAGGGAGGGCCGCGGUAAGGGCAAGAAGAACGGCUGGGGUGGCCAGGUUAACCACUUCGACCCGCGCAGCCCGCUGUACGAGAACCGUGACGCCUCGUACAUCCUGCUGAGCGACCUGGGCCUGGCCAUCACCAUCUCGGCGCUCGUCUACCUCGGCAAGACGUUCGGCUGGUCCAACAUGUUUGUGUGGUACUUCCUGCCCUACCUCUGGGUCAACCACUGGCUCGGUGAGUAG